AAUUUUUUAUUUUUUUUUAUUCAGGUGGACUUUAAAACUCUUCAAAACUGGACGAAAAAGAGAUUUAGAAGUAAAUGAUUUAUAUACAACACUAAAUGAUCAUUCUUCAGCAUUAUUAGGAAAUGAAUUAGAAAAGAAAUGGAGAAUAGAAUUAGCUAAAGCAAAACAAUCAAAUCGACAGCCUAGUUUAUUAAGAGCUUUACUUCAAAUGUUUGGACCUAAGUUAAUGUUAUAUGGAUUUUUACUUUCAAUUGUUGAAAUUGUAUUAAGGAUGAUUCAACCCAUAUCUAUUGGUUACCUGAUUGGUCAUUUUGAUUCACCAUCCACUACUGACUUGUAUACAGCAACUGUGGCUGCAAUUGCAUUGCUGUUAUCUACAUUAUUGUGCACAAUUGGAAUGCACCAAUAUAUGCUUGGUCAAGUUGAAAUUGGUUUUAAAAUACGCGUCGCUGUGACCACUAUUAUCUACUCAAAGGCAUUACGGCUAAGUAAAACUGCUCUUGGUGAAACCACAGUUGGUCAAGUAGUAAAUUUAUUAUCAAAUGAUGUAAAUCGAUUUGAUAUAGCAGUAAUAUUUCUGCAUUACUUAUGGAUCGGUCCCUUGGAAACAAUUGUGGUCACAUAUUUUUUGUGGCAAGAAGUAGGCGUGUCAUCAAUAUUUGGAGUAGGCGCAUUACUUAUGUUUAUUCCUCUACAAGGAUGGUUGGGGAAAAAAACUUCGGAACUUCGACUAAAGACGGCUAUCCGGACUGACGAGAGGGUUCGUUUGAUGAAUGAAAUAAUUUCGGGCAUACAAGUAAUUAAAAUGUAUACUUGGGAAAAACCUUUUGCCUACCUUGUACAAUACGCUAGAAAGAAAGAAAUUCAACAAAUUAAGGGAUCCUCUUACAUCAGAGGAGUCUUGUUAUCGUUCAUAGUGUUUCAUACUAGAAUUGCAUUGUUCUUCAGUAUUUUGACGUAUGUGCUGCUUGGAAAUUAUAUUACCGCCCAAAAAGUUUUCGUCAUAACUUCGUACUACAAUAUAUUACGGACAACGAUGACUGUAUUUUUCCCUCAAGGUAUUGGACAAAUAGCCGAGAUGUUAAUAUCCAUUAAGCGCUUACAGAAUUUUCUAUUGUAUGAAGAAAAAAACACUCAAGUGGCAAAUCGUUCAAAGGCUGACAAAGCUUCAAAUGGUGUUAGAAAACCAAUCAUUAUUAAUGACAACAAUACAUCUCCACUGAAUGAUCAAAAUGACCCUGAACAAUUAGACAACUUAGGCAUAGUUGUAUCUAAUGCUACAGCUAAGUGGACAGAUGCUCAAACUGAAAAUUCUUUAGAAAAUAUUAAUCUAACUGUAAAACCUGGUAGAUUAGUCGCAGUCAUUGGUCCUGUAGGAGCUGGAAAAAGUUCCUUAUUACACGCAAUUUUACGAGAAUUACCACUUUCCGAAGGAAAUAUUUCUGUGUGUGGUGUAGUAUCCUAUGCAUCGCAAGAACCGUGGUUAUUUGCCGGAUCAGUUCAACAAAACAUUCUAUUUGGUUUGCCAAUGGACAAGGAACGUUAUAGAAAAGUUAUAAAAGUAUGUGCAUUGAAAACAGAUUUUGAACAAUUUCCUUAUGGUGAUAGAACAAUUGUAGGAGAAAGAGGCGUUUCACUUAGUGGUGGACAAAGAGCAAGAAUUAAUUUAGCUAGAGCUGUUUAUAAACCAGCGGAUAUUUACUUAUUGGAUGAUCCUUUAUCUGCUGUAGACACUCAUGUUGGCAAGCAUUUAUUUGAGAUAUGCAUUAAAGGUUAUCUGAAAGAAAAGACUUGUAUUCUUAUUACUCAUCAAUUACAAUAUCUAACUAAAGUUGAUCAAAUUAUUUUAAUGGAAAAUGCAAAUAUAUUAGCUGAAGGUUCAUAUCAGGAACUUCAAGCUUCUGGUUUAGACUUUACAAAACUACUUGGAUCUUUAGUAGAAACAAAUGUUGUAUCUGAUAAUGAAUCUAAUUCUAAAUAUGAGAGUACCCAUACAUUAAGUCCUCGUACCAUUUUAUCAAGGCAAGUUUCUAUUCAAAGUGUUGCUUCAUCCAUUGAUGAGACCAAACUCGGAGCACAAGAAGAACCAAUCGAAAUAGCUGAAACUCGUUCAUCUGGAAAUAUUUCACUUACUGUAUACUCAUCAUAUUUUUCUGCUGGUGGAAAUGCUUGUAAAAUAUCAUUUUUAUUAUUUAUGUGUGUUUUCACUCAAGUCUUAGCAUCUGGUGGAGAUUAUUGGAUAACAUACUGGGUCAAUCUAGAAGAACUUGUUUUUCGUAAUACAAGUAGUAUAAGCGAUAAUAAAUUGAUAUCCGUAGAUAAUAAUAGUACAACUAUAUCGACGACUAGUGGUAUGACUAAUCAAUUGUUGUGGUGGACAAUUUCACGGCAAACUUGUAUCAUAGUUUUUGCUGUCUUAACAUUUUCUAUGAUAUUGGCUACCCUUAUCAGGUCUGCUACAUUUGUAUCUGUUUGUAUGAGAGCGUCUAUGAAUUUGCACAACAAGAUGUUCAAUGCUAUAACCAGAGCCACAAUGUAUUUUUUCAACACUAAUUCAUCUGGACGAAUUCUCAAUCGAUUUUCAAAAGACAUGGGCGCAAUUGACGAAAUGUUACCAGUAGCUUUGAUGGAUUGUAUUCAAAUUGGAUUAACACUAAUGGGAAUCAUAAUUGUUGUUGGAUUAGUUAACGUUUAUCUUAUGAUACCAACUUUCAUAGUUGGAAUAAUCUUUUACAAAAUUCGAGUUUUCUAUUUGUCAACUUCUCGAAGCGUCAAACGAUUGGAAGGAGUUACACGAAGCCCUGUAUUUGCACAUUUGAAUGCAUCUUUACAAGGUUUAACAACAAUUAGAGCAUUUGAAGCAGAACAAAUUUUAUCUAAAGAAUUUGACAACCAUCAAGAUUUACAUUCUUCAGCGUGGUAUUUAUUUAUUUCUUCAAGUAGAGCAUUUGGUUUUUGGUUGGAUGUAGUCUGCCUUAUCUAUAUAAGCGUAGUAACAUUCAGUUUCUUAAUUAUGGGCAGUAAUACAUUUGGAGGAAAUGUUGGUCUGGCUAUUACUCAAGCAAUUGGAUUGACCGGUAUGUUCCAAUGGGGAAUGAGACAAUCAGCAGAAUUAGAAAAUCAAAUGACAUCAGUUGAAAGAGUACUAGAAUAUACAAAUGCCCCACAGGAAGCUGCUCUUGAAUCACCUCCAGAGAAAAAACCAUCAAAGGAUUGGCCUCAUAAAGGACAAAUCAUGUUCAAAAACUUUUAUUUGCGUUAUAGCCUAGAUACACCGCAUGUUUUGAAAGAUCUCAAUAUUAAGAUUGAAUCAAUGGAAAAAAUCGGAAUUGUUGGUAGGACUGGUGCUGGAAAGUCAUCCUUGAUAGGAGCAUUGUUUAGAUUAGCUAUAAAUGAAGGUUCCAUUUUUGUCGAUGAUUUGGACAUUAAUAAUUUGGGACUACAUGAACUUCGGUCCAAACUUUCAAUCAUUCCUCAGGAACCAGUUUUGUUUUCAGGAACAAUGCGAAAAAAUUUGGAUCCUUUUGAUGAAUACCCAGAUCAUGCUCUUUGGAAUGCUUUAGAUGAAGUUGAACUUAAGGAUGCAGUUGAAGAUUUACCAGGUGGCUUAAACUCAAAAAUGUCUGAAGGUGGUUCAAAUUUCAGUGUUGGUCAAAGACAAUUAGUGUGUUUGGCUAGAGCUAUAGUGCGAAACAAUAAAAUUCUUGUGUUGGACGAAGCCACUGCUAAUGUUGAUCCACAAACUGAUGCAUUGAUUCAAAAUACAAUUAGGAAUAAGUUCAGAAUGUGUACAGUCUUAACAAUCGCUCACCGUUUGAAUACUGUUAUGGAUUCUGACAAGGUUCUUGUAAUGGAUGCUGGCAAGAUGGUUGAAUUUGAUCAUCCGUAUAAUUUGUUGAAAAACAAAGAUGGGUUUCUAUACAAAAUGGUAGAUCAAACUGGAAAGGCUACAGCUGAUUUGUUGCAUAGUGUAGCUGCCGAGAGCUAUAGAAACCAGCAGUUGACUAGAGAAUCACCAAUCAAAUUAAUUGACGAAGAGUAGGAAUACCUAGUUUUUUUGUUUCCAUAGUUAUUAAUAUUAAUCACACGAUGCCUUACAUAAUAUUAUAUUAUAUAAAACAUAUUUUUAAUUGUUCUAAUUUAAUGUUCAUAUGUUUACCAUGAUAAAUGUCCACAAUGUCAACAUUGCUGUGUUAUUUUAAGGGAAUUUUGUACAACCAGUUUAUCCUACAUAUAUGUUUUAAAUUCAAAUCAAAUUAGUUCUUACGUAGUCAAUAUUAGUAUUUACAAGACAUUUAAACAUUUUGUUUUGUUUUAUGGUUUAUACUGUAUACUAUAGGGAUAAGUACGUUGUUGUCUGUUAAAUUAUACGUGUUUAUAUUGUUAAAUUAAAGAUGAUCACUUUUGUACUUAA